ACAUUCCUCCUUUCCUCACUCCCUCUCGCUACUAUGAGGGCGCGAGUCGCGACUUGAUCAUCCUGUAUUCCCGCGGCUGCUCGCUAUUCUGUUCUCUCGCCGAAGCUCGAACAAUUGCUAUCAGCCAGACUCGUAGCAAUCUCUAGUCGAGGGGAACUUGAGCAUCAUAAAUUCGUGUCUCGUUUCUAACCUAGUCUGUAGUACUCGGUAUCUUCGCGAAUCGCGAUCGCGCGCUUGGGUCAAUCGCUAUGUCUACAUCCAUUGCACCGGUCUUUCGCCUCCCACCACUCGCCACCUGUCGGAAUGAUGCCUGCUCACGGCAGGCGUGCGCGCCGCAUACCUGUGCUCAGCAUGCCUGCACACAGCACAGACGGCGCUUGCACACCGCGCGUGCCGUAAUGUCUCGGCACGUCGCCUGCUCGGCGUCUUUCUUCCGUUCCGGAAAUUCCGCCGGCGGAGCUGCGUCUUUGAACGGAAUCCGUCACGGGGACGGCCAUCCAGCCGUCCAACGCGACGGUCAACGGGAUGACGUUAUCGGCCAGGCAGCGACUGGAGCAAACGUUCUUAUACUAGAAGAGACUCAACCGAGCGACGCUAAAACGAGCGGCAGCGAUUUUAGGCAGUCUGGAAAACCCACGGCAGGUGUGGCGACAGUGCGAGAGGCUGCAGCAUCAGCACGGGAGCUGCAUGGGAAAGGGGAGGGCGGAGCAGGCGACGGCGGAAAAGGCGUUCUAUUUCCCGCGCGGAACGGCGAGGGCGAGGACGAAACGGUCAGGGAGGCGGGAGGCGCGAGGGUGCGCGAAGGGGAGACGAAGGUGGUGGAUGUGGUAACCCUAGGUAACCUGUGCGUGGAUGUGCUGGUGACUGUGGACCAACUGCCGCCCGUCGACAGGCGCGGGAAGUGGGAGUUCCUGCAACGAGUUAAAGCCAACCCGCCGGAUGAGUCCUGCUGGGAGGCGGGCGGCAAUCUCAACUUCGGCAUAGCAGCGGCGCGGCUGGGGCUGCGGUGCACGGCGUUUGGCCACGUGGCGAGCGACCCCUUUGGAUCGUUCCUCGCCCGCGUGAUGGCGGAUGAAGGGGUGGCGCUGCUGCCGCUGGCUGACCAUGUGGAUGGGCCGCUGGGGGACGGGGGAUGGGAGGGGGCGGAGGGGGAGAGGGAGGGGGAAGGGGAAGUUGAUGUGGUGCAGAGGAGUGAGGGGCGGUAUGACGGAGAGACGCUGGCGUGCUGGGUGUUUCUGGAUAAGAAUGGGCGCCAUUCCUUUGCCAGCCGCUUUGACUUCAACAAGAACCCGGCCUUCAGCCGCGUGCAGGCCAUCCCGCCUGCCCUCGCCCACCUCAUCUCCCGCUCCCGCGCGCUCUUCAUCAACGGCUUCGCCUUUGACGAGUUCCCGCCCGUCGCCAUCCAGUCCGCCGCCCAGCACGCCCAAAGGGCGGGCGUGCUUGUUUUCUUUGACCCGGGGCCCCGCACCGGCUCGCUGUUCCGGUCAGCCGGGCAGCCAAAGGAGGUUUUUGAUUGGCUGCUGAUGAACUGCGAUGUCCUUUUGCUGACAUCUGAAGAGGCGGAGGUGUUGACCCAGCAGCAGGACCCCGACACAUCAGCCCUGCACCUGCUGCAGCUGAAGGCCCGCGCCAGGGCUGGGGCGAGCAGCAGCAGCAGGAGCAGCAGUACUGCGAGAUCUGUGUUGAGCACAGAGGACCAAGAGGAGGGAAGCAGAGAGGACGCUCCGGCACAGGGGCACCAACAGCAGCAGCAGCAGCAGCAGCAGCAGCAGCAGCAGGGGGAGGGGGGAGAGGAGGUGGAGCGGCCGCAGUGGGUGGCAGUGAAGAAGGGGCCGAAGGGGUGCGUGCUGGCCACGGCAGCUCAAGGCGUGUUCAGCCUACCCGGAUUCAAGGUGGAUGUGGCGGACACAGUGGGGUGUGGAGACAGCUUUGCAGCAGCGGUGGCCAUGGGUCUGCUCAGAGAGGAGGGCCCAUCCACCACGCUUGCGCUCGCCAAUGCUGUCGGCGCUGCCACCGCCAUGGGCAGCGGGGCAGGCCGAAAUGUUGCGCGGGCUGCCCGAGUGGCGGAGAUUCUUCUAGGGCUGCAGGCCAAGGAGGAGGGCUGGCGCGGGGCGGAGGAGGACUGGGAUGCGGACGUGUGGCUGGAGGACAAGGGCAGGCGGUUCCGAGUGGGACACGUGGCGGUUCACGGUGCGUCCACAUGUCCGUCUGGCACUCCCCUGCUGCAAGCAGUGCGCGAUGCUGAGAGCCUGCUGCACCGCUCACUGCUACAGGCACAGAUGGAUGGCAGAAGCAGGGGCGGUGGGCCAGCGGAGAUAGGGGAGGGCGAGGACUGAUGGCUGUCGGGAAAGUAAAUAAUUUGGCGUUUUGAUUGUGUCGGGCUACGCAUGGCCUGAAGUUUUCAUUUGCGUGACUAGACUAGUGGUUUGCGGUUGGCCUGAGAAUAGAAAGAAAUGGUAAUUCACCAUGUGGGGGCCACUUGAGAUGGGGCCUGUCAUGGGCACGACCUUGGAUCUAGCAUGACCAGCGAAGGCAAGGAAAGCGGAUCUUGUUUUAUGCAUUUUAAUUAAAUAAACGGCCGUUG